GGCCGCCGCGGGCCGGACGCGCUCCGGUUGCCGUGACAACGGCGUCGGCCGAGCCCGAGCGGCCCGGACCAGGCGGGCCCRAUUUGCCCGCCCGCCCAUGCCGCGGAAAGCGCUGCGCUGCGUGCUGCAGCUGGAGCUCCGCUCGGUAUCUUGUCCUGGAGUGCUACUGAAAGACAAACAGGAACUUUAUCUCAGUGUCUUUGUACUUGGGCAGUACAAAAAAACUAAAUGUGUCCCUGCAGCAUUUCCACUCUUCUUUCAUGAAAAUCUACUAUUUGAAAAGGCAUUUGCUAAUGUAGUUGAUCCUGGAGACGUUGUGAAGUUACUGGAAUUUGACACAUUGACGAUUGAACUCAUACAGCUYGUUCCUCCAGAGGGAAAAGUUCUAGCUACGUAUGAAGAAAAUACAAGAGAUUUCCUGUUCCCUGACCCUAAGCUUACCCAUGGGCGCCGUGGUUUACAGCGUAUGAUUUUAAUGAAGAGGUCCCUGUCUUUCACAGGAAUUGCACCAAAAUUGAGAUUUUCUACAAUCUCCCUUAUUACAGACAGUCUGUUAAGCUCAGAAAGGAGUCACAUACAGGCUGCUUUGAAAGGUGCGCACCGUUCAACCCCAAACAGAAAAAUGCACUCAAAGCUACCAAAGAAAAACCCUCCUUCACCUGGGAAAGGCAGGCAGAGCYUGGCAGUGAAGAGCUACGAGCAGCCCACCAUCGCCUCCAAGUCGCGCUCUCCGUCGCCGUACACCAAGCGCCGCAUGUGUGAGCUCUCRGAAGAGGCCAGGCAGAGACUGGCCCAUCUGAACCUCGGGCCUCAUGAAUUCAAGAGAGACACUGACAAACCUCCAUUUGUAAUCAGACGGGUUGAACAACCAAGUCCUGGUGCCAAACUUCAUCCCUGGUGUUCCCCACGAGAAAUUGCAGCCGAAGCCUGGACCAAGGCACCCCAUGAUCAUUCUCCUCUCAGCAGCUAUAGACCCAAGAAAGCUGAAGGAAAAUCUAUCCGUGGAAAAGGCUUGGACAGUUCUGCUGUUUCCAAGGAAGAUGUGAGCCCAGAUCCACCCAACAGGGAGUCCCAUUCUGCUGCUUCACUGGAGCGCUCAGCACCUCCAGCAGUUCAGGAACCUUUUCUGAGUUCUGUGCUGAAUCGAUCUUCUCUAAGGGAAAGAUUUAGCACUAGUUGGCCUUCAUCAGCAAAUGGAGAUGAGAUCCAUAAAAGAGUGAAAAAUAUUUUAAGGACACACAGUGCUAGACAGCGCCUAAUAUUUGAUGAUUUGCCUCAGACAAGAGAACCUUCAGAUAAUGAGCCCUUAACCAUGAGUGAGCUGCGGAGCAGUUCUCCAGUGCAGCAGAACGCUCCUGUUCGCUCGGAUAUUGGUGAAUAUUGGUCUCGCCCUGCAGCAGUAUACAAAGGGAAGCCUCUCAGAGCAAUCUUUGAGGAGAGUCUUGGAAAAAUAUACAGAGACAUGUAYGAAAAAACUGCUGGUGUUGUUUCAGACCAAGAAACACAUUACUGAAAGCAACUCACCUGAAAACGCACAGUAGACAGUAUCUGUAACUAAACCUAUUUUUAUAUAACAAUAUUUGUACUCUAUUUUUUAAGGUGUCAUUAUGGUUAGGCAGGGAUUUGGAUAUAUGGAGGUUUGG